CUCCCCUCUCAUGCCUCACGCUGAACGCCAAAUGCCGCCACCCCUCUUAUGUCGAACGUCGACCUCAAUCCGCUGGUCGACGUCCAUCCAUCUUCAGCGCUGGCUUGCUGAUUGCCGCAGCUUCCUCUUUUCGCCAUCCAGCACCACCGCCACUGUCGGAAAUCGCUUCAUCCUCACCACCUCCUCUCCUCUCCUCUUCGGGUUAGAAGAGAAAGGUCCGAUCUCCUUUGCUUCUGCAGCCACCUCCACUUCCACCUCCCUAGAUGAUAGUUGAAGUCCUUUAGGGUUCCCUCACGAAGAAGAUCAAAUUUCCCCUUUCUAAAUUAUGGAUAGUAUUCUUCAUUUUAAAUUUUGAAUAAUGCCUAUUCUAGUUUGAAACUACUACUACUUUUACAUCAUUUUCACCUUUGGAAUGCUAUAAGUGGCCCGGAUUGGAGUUGGAGGAGCUAGUCCGUCAGCGUACGUGGUGGGAAAGAGCCGAAGUGGGAUCGUGCACAAGGUGGUCAUGGGGAGUGAGGUCUCUGCCGUUGCAGUGCGCCACCUCAGUGAAAAUGACGAUGGUGAUGGCUCUAGUGGGGGAGAUGAAUGGAGGCGAUGUCGGGUGUUCGAGACGGAGGCAAUCGCUAUUGCCCGUGCCAAGCAUCCCAACGUGGUUCACCUCCUUGCUUACUACUACGCUCCUGACGAGCGCCUCCUCAUCUAUGAGUACAUCCCCAAUGUCUCCCUCUAUGCAGCUCUGCACGGGGCGGAUCCAGAAUUUUAAAUUUGGGGGGGCCGCAUGAUAAGUGACAAAAAUAAUUAUCAUCAGAAAUUUGUACAUCCUUGAACAACCUUCGAAUUCUCAAUUUACGACUGAAAUCGAAAUCAAAAUUUACCUAGAAAUCACCGUCCUAGGUUACCGUGGUUGACAAGAUAACAAUAGCGAACAAGCUCAAAUGUAGUUCUGACACGAAACAAGGGCCAACGACUCUUCUCAAGUUGCGAUAUUACUUCAAGAUUUUGAUAUCAAACUACCAAUAGAAAGUUUAGAUUACGGACUUUCUAAAUAUGUAA